AGCACGGCACGCAACCCCCCAAAACCUCCCCUCCCUCUCGCAACCUCCGCGGGAAGAAGAGAACGUGGACUUCGCCCUCUCUCUCUCUCUCUUCCCGCCUCCGCCACCUCUCUCUCUCCUCCCCUUACAAUCCCCUCAUUCUAUCUUUCUCUCUCAUCGACAGAUUUCUCCCACCGAAUUUUCCAGUUUUGGCCAGCCAUUGCCAGAAUCUUUCCACGCUUGAAGUUACACCGACCCUUUUCCUUGGAAAGUAUUUUUCCUACUUCUAGUCCUUAUUCGAUGGCCAAAGUUAACAAGUUGCAGCGUAAGUCUGACUCCAAAUGUUCCAGGGCGACUAGAUAUUUAUUACCAUCUAGUGCUUGGAAAGUUCGUAAACAUGUCCAUCCAAGGAAGAAAUAUGACAAAGCAUCAGAAAAGAAAGAUUGGGAAGAUGCAACUUGUUCAGUUUGUUUGGAGUUCCCUCACAAUGCUGUCCUCCUUCUUUGUUCAUCUUAUAACAAGGGUUGUCGCGCUUAUAUGUGUGCUACUAGUCAUCGCUAUUCCAACUGUCUUGAACAAUACAAGAAAGCAUACACGAAGGUAGGUUGUACUCAAAGCUCACAUCAAUUGAGUGGGUCAAUGGGUGAUUUAGGUUCCAGUUCGGUUGUAGGGCAGACAAAUGAAAAUAUUGAAGUGCCAGAGCUUUUAUGUCCACUUUGUCGGGGCCAGGUCAAAGGUUGGACAGUCGUGGAACCAGCACGGAAAUAUCUUAAUGCCAAGAAGAGAACUUGUAUGCAGGAUAAGUGCACAUUUGUUGGAAAUUAUAAAGAGCUUAGGAAGCAUGUUAAGACAAAACAUCCUCUGGCUCGACCUCGAGCAGUGGAUCCUGUACUUGAAGAGAAAUGGAAAAGGCUCGAGUGUGAGAGAGAACGAAGUGAUGUCAUCAGCACAAUCAUAACAUCAACUCCAGGGGCAGUUGUUCUGGGUGAUUAUGUACUAGAGCCAAAUCAAAGUGGCUUUUACAGUGAUUAUGAAUCUGAUCUUGACGAUUACUUUGAAGAUUUCGGCUUAAGGUCGCUGAAUUUAGGACGAAAUGCUGCUUUUCUCCCACGUGAUAGCUAUCGCAGGGACUUUGGCUCUGCUGAGGAGGAUGAUUUUGGGGUGCGUCGCACCACAUAUCCCGGUUAUGUUUCUGCUUCUGGGCGUGGUUUCCACCGAGCAAGAAUACUAGUCUCGAGGAGACGCCGGAGACGGAGAGGAAAUGACAAUCAUUAGUUUGUGAAUUGUGAUACCCAAUUUUAACAGAAGGUUGCAAUCCCUGCUUCGGCUCCUAUAAUAGUGGUGAUUGAUAACUAAUUUUAGAUUGUAGGAAAAGCAUUUUAGGGGUCAUUAUCUUUUGAUUAGGUUUUUAGUUUUGGGGAUUUCGGCAGUCUAUCCUCGCAGCUGCACGACUGCACGGACUGGUUCUCGUUACGUUAUACCGACUACUAGUGGUCAUCUGAACAGGAAGAGUCAUUUCUAAAACAUUGCAAAGUUUUCUUAUUUUGUUGACGAUUCAUUCAACAGAACUUACGUUGGAUCUGGUCGGAGGAGUUAUGCUCAAACUCUUCUAUUUUGCGUGGCUUCCAGUUUAUCUUUUUCAAAUUCUUGUACCAGCCCAGUGUUCUUUAAGGAGUACAAUUCAUGUUUAGGACCAUUUCUUGAAGCUCCUCUUUUAUGGAACCUUUGGCAAAUUAGAAAUGUAUUCGAAUUCAUCUAUUUCCAUGCUUGUAUAUUUAUUUUCUUAUCA